AUGUCUUAAAGCAGUAAAUGUUUCAUUUUCAUUUCCAAUAGAUAUCUCUGUAAAUGAGAAUGGAUGGAUUAAAUGGUAUUGCAAUUUGGAAGACCAUCACUUUUUUUGUGAAAUUGAUGAAUUUUUUAUAGCAGACUAAUUUAAUCUUUAUGGAUUGAAACAAUUGUUUGAUCAUUUUGAGUAAAUCAAUAUGUAAUAUAUUAGAGAAGCAUUAUAAAUGAUAUUAUCUCCAAAUACACCAACAGAUGAAGAUUUAGAGGAUGAUUAGUAUUAAAUGAAAAAUUAUAAUUAAGAUUUUUAGAACUCUAUAAUGAAGCAUCAGAAUUAUAUGGUUUAUUACAUGCUAGAUUUAUUAUAACUCCUUAAGGCUUAACAUUAAUGAAAUCCAAAUAUUUAUAAGGAAGAUUUGGUGUAUGUCCUAGAGUAUUGUGUGAUAGAUAAAAUGUAUUACCAAUAGGUUUAAGUCAUGAUCUAAGAACUUCUCGAGUCAAAGUAAAAAAUCCUUGUAUUUAAUCUAGAUAUUUUGUCCAAGAUGUUAGGAUGUUUAUUCUCCUAAAAAAUAAAUGAGUGAUGUUGAUGGUUCAUUUUUUGGUUCUGUAUUUCCUCAUAUAUUUUUAUCUGUAUUUUCUGAAUUAAAUCCAACAUAACCAGCAAAUGAAUAUGUUUCAAAAAUAUUUGGAUUUAAAGUUCAUAAAAAGAAAGGUUCAAAAUUUUAAAUUCAAUAAAAUUAAACUGAGAUGUAUUAUUAUGCAGAGGAUCAUAUAAAGCGACUGUCUUAAAUAUAGACUUCAUAGUAAUAAUAACAAUAAUAAUCAUAAUAAUAAUAAUAAUCUUAAUAAAAAUAAUCUCAGAAAAAUGAUGAUGAGGCAGAAAAAAAAUAAAAAGAAGCUUUAAAUGCCAUAUAAAAAUUAUAGAAAUAAAAGUAAAAAAAAUGA